AUGAUGAUGAUGCCUUGGUUCGGCAAGGGCAAGGGCAAGGGACUGCGAGGAUUCGCCAACGAGAAGAAGGUCUGGAUUGGGGGUCUGCCAGAAGCACCGCCGGAUGUGGAGAAGAACAAGAAGCUCAAGGAGCACAUGUCUCAGGCUGGCGAGUGUAUUUUCGCUGAGAUCAACCGCAGUGGUGUGGGUGGAGCUGCAUUCAAGAACCCUGAGGACGUGCAGAAGGCCGUGACGAUGCUUAAUGGGAGCACCGAUGUUGCAAUUGAGCCCCGUAGCCCCCAAGCCAUGCAAGUCGGAUAA